GGAGCUAGAGAAGGAGGCGGAGGCAGCGGCGGCCGCGAGGGGAGGGGGAGUCCCGUCUGACUGAGACGGCAGGCCUGGGCGGGCGGGCGGGCGGGGGUGCCGCGCAGGGCGGAGCGCCGGGCUGGGGAUGAGCUAAGCGGGCUCCGAGCGCCGCGGCAUUCAGCCCCUCGUGUCCCGCCGCCGCUCGUGAGGGGACCGGGCACCGCUCUCCAAGCUCGACCCGCUGCUCGCGCGGGAGCCAGCCGUGAGCACAGUAUUUCUCAAACUCUGAGGCUUGCAGAAUUCACAAAUUGAGAUCUGGCAUCAUUUUCAGAGGGAGACCUUCAGUUAUGUGGUUAGCCUAGGUAGCAAAUGCUUAUUAACUACUUUGACUUAAUGAAGUGAUAGAAGAAGUAAAAAAGAAUCUGAAUUGAUUGGGCGGAGAUCGAAAGGGAGGAAAAGAAAUCAGUCUUCGUUAGUUGCUGAGUUGGACAGUCAUCUGGGUAAAACUGCUUGUUUUUUGCGGAGCACCUAUCGUAUGCAGUCAGCUGAGAGCGACUAUUCAACAUUUCACGGAGUCUUCUCAGGAGGACAGAUGUAACCUUCUGUAAUGGAAGAUGAUUGAAGAUAAGGGGCCUCGUGUUGCUGACUACUUUGUUGUAGCAGGAUUAACUGAUGUUUCAAAGCCUCUUGAAGAAGAAAUUCACUUCAAUGAUGCCUGUCAUAAAGUAGCUAAACCCAAAGAACCUAUCACAGAUGUUUCAGUUGUUAUUAAAUCUCUUGGAGAGGAAGUGCCACGAGAUUAUAUGUGUAUUGAUCUUACCCCAACUGGAUUGUCAGCUGAUCUCAAUAACGGAAGUCUUGUGGGGCCACAGAUUUACCUUUGCUAUAGAAGAGGAAGAGAUAAGCCUCCACUUACAGAUCUGGGGGUUUUAUAUGACUGGAAGGAAAGAUUGAAACAAGGGUGUGAAAUUAUUCAGAGUACUCCCUAUGGACGCCCUGCAAAUAUUAGUGGCAGUACCUCAUCACAAAGAAUUUAUAUCACUUACCGAAGAGCCUCUGAAAACAUGACUCAGAAUACUUUGGCUGUCACAGACAUAUGUAUUAUUAUACCCAGUAAAGGAGAAAGCCCACCACACACAUUCUGCAAAGUCGACAAGAAUCUCAAUAACAGUAUGUGGGGACCAGCAGUGUACUUAUGUUAUAAAAAAUCGGUGGCAAAGACUAACACUAUAUCUUAUAAAGCUGGUCUAAUUUGUAGAUAUCCUCAAGAAGAUUAUGAGUCAUUCUCACUCCCAGAAUCUGUUCCCCUAUUUUGUUUACCAAUGGGUGCAACUAUUGAGUCUUGGCCACCAAAUAGCAAAUACCCUCUCCCUGUAUUUUCUACAUUUGUGUUAACUGGAGCCUCAGCUGAAAAGGUCUAUGGUGCUGCUAUUCAGUUUUAUGAACCAUACUCUGAGGAGAAUCUCACAGAAAAACAGAGACUUCUUUUGGGUUUAGCUUCAUCGGCAGAUGGGAAGUCUGAUAGUUCCAAAACAAUUCACACUAAUAAAUGCAUCUGUCUUCUUUCUCACUGGCCUUUUUUUGAUGCAUUCAGGAAGUUUCUGACCUUUUUGUAUCGUUACUCCAUCUCUGGACCUCAUGUCCUUCCAAUUGAGAAGCAUAUUUCUCAUUUUAUGCAUAAAGUUCCUUUUCCAUCUCCUCAGAGGCCACGGAUUUUAGUUCAGUUAUCACCACAUGAUAAUCUGAUUCUCAGUCAGCCUGUUUCUUCACCUCUUCCACUAAGUGGUGGCAAGUUUUCAACACUGCUUCAGAAUUUAGGCCCUGAAAAUGCUGUGACACUACUGGUGUUUGCAGUAACAGAACAUAAGAUUCUCAUCCAUUCCUUACGGCCUUCCGUGCUUACUAGUGUGACAGAAGCAUUAGUGUCUAUGAUUUUCCCUUUUCACUGGCCAUGCCCGUAUGUUCCUCUGUGCCCGCUGGCUUUAGCAGAUGUCUUGAGUGCACCAUGUCCAUUCAUAGUAGGAAUUGAUUCAAGAUACUUUGAUCUCUAUGACCCUCCACCAGAUGUUAGUUGUGUUGACCUGGAUACCAAUACCAUUUCUCAACCUGGUGACAAGAAAAAUGUAGCCUGGAAGAUACUUCCAAAGAAACCAUGUAAAAAUCUGAUGAACACACUGAAUAAUUUGCACCAGCAAUUGGCAAAAUUACAGCAGAGACCAAGAGAAGAUGGACUAAUGGACUUAGCGAUGAAUGACUAUGAUUUUAAUUCUGGAAAGAGGUUGCACAUGAUAGAUUUGGAAAUCCAAGAGGCAUUUUUGUGUUUCAUGGCCUCUAUUUUAAAAGGUUACAGAUCAUACUUAAGACCAAUAACACAGGCCCCAUCUGAGACAGCCACAGAUGCAACCUCUCUUUUUGCCCUGCAAGCUUUCUUAAGAAGCCGGGACCGAUCACAUCAAAAAUUCUAUAACAUGAUGACCAAAACACAAAUGUUUAUUCGCUUCAUUGAGGAAUGUUCUUUUGUCAGUGAUAAAGAUGCAAGCCUGGCAUUUUUUGAUGAUUGUGUAGAUAAAGUGGACAUGGACAAGAAUGGUGAAAUGCGACUUAUAGAACUGGAUGAAUCUUUCAAAAGUGAACAUACUGUCUUUGUAACACCUCCUGAGAUUCCCCAUCUACCCAAUGGUGAAGAACCCCCUUUACAGUACAGCUAUAAUGGAUUUCCAGUUCUUAGGAACAAUUUGUUUGAAAGACCUGAGGGAUUUCUGCAGACGCGGAAGAGCAAAUUGCCUUCAAAAUCAAGUAGUCCUGGUAGCCCUUCUCCCAUGUUCCGAAGAACAAAACAGGAAAUUAAAUCAGCCCAUAAAAUUGCCAAGAGGUAUUCUUCCAUUCCUCAGAUGUGGUCUAGGUGUCUGCUGCGUCACUGUUAUGGACUGUGGUUUAUUUGUCUCCCAGCUUAUGUGAAAGUAUGUCAUUCAAAAGUCAGGGCUCUGAAAACAGGAUAUGAUGUGCUUAAGAAAAUGCAGUCAAAGAAGAUGGAUCCACCCGAUGAGGUGUGCUACCGCAUUCUUAUGCAGCUCUGUGGACAGUAUGAUCAGCCGGUGCUUGCAGUUCGAGUGCUUUUUGAAAUGCAGAAAGCUGGUAUUGACCCCAAUGCCAUUACUUAUGGUUAUUAUAAUAAGGCUGUUUUGGAAAGUACAUGGCCUUCAAGAAGUCGUAGUGGCUAUUUUCUUUGGACAAAAGUAAGAAAUGUUGUUUUAGGAGUGGCACAGUUCAAAAGAGCUUUAAAGAAACAUGCACAUUUAUCGCAAACAACUCUCUCAGCAGAUGGCAGUGACCUGGAUGCUGUUAGUCAUGGCAGCAUGGAUAGUGGUCAUGGGACACACACUGUGGAGCAGGCACCUUUUAAUACGGGUUUAAUCAAAGUAUAUGCUACUGAUGAUAGAUCUAGUACAGGUGGCCAGUCUGAUCUUGGAUAUAACUCAUUAUCUAAGGAUGAAGUUAGAAGAGGACAUACAUCUACUGAAGACAUUCAAGAAGAAAAAGAUAGGAAAGGGAGUGAUUCUAGUUCUUUGUCAGAGAGUGAGAGUGCAAAAGGAAGUGCUGAUUGUCUGCCUAAGCUCAGUUCUCAAAGUUCUUCCAGUAUAGUUCGCCUCAGUGGUGCACAUAACAACAGUGCUGAUAACACCUCAGGGAAAAGCACAGAAAGCCCAUCUGAGCUGCUUGUAAUAUCAUCUUUUGAGGAUACAAAUGAAACAGGAAACAUUCAAAGUAGAUGCUUCAGGAAAAGACAUAAAAGUGACAAUGAACCUAAUUUGCAGCAGCAAAUGUCCUGGGGAAGUAGAAACCGCAAUCUUAGUGGAGGAGUACUGAUGGGACUUAUGCUCAAUAGGAUGAACCAGGAAGCAAACCCUGGUGAUAUGGUUGAAAAAUUAGGAGCUGAUGCAAAAAUUCUUUCAAAUGUUAUCUCAAAAAGCACAAGACCAAAUAGUCUUGACAUUGGAAAGCCACCUGUAAGAUCAAAAAGAGACAGUCUAGAGAAGGAAUCUAGUGAUGAUGAUACACCUUUUGAUGGUUCUAACUGUUUGGCAGAUAAAGUGGAUUCUCCCGUUAUUUUUGACUUAGAAGACUUAGACAAUGAAACAGAUGGAUCAAAAGUGGGAUAUGUUGCUACACAAAAUCCCAAGAGGAUUCAGCGUAUGAGCAGCAGCUUUUCAGUAAAACCUUUUGAAAAAACUGAUGUUGCAACAGGAUUUGAUCCCCUCUCUCUUUUGGUUGCUGAGACUGAACAGCAGCAAAAAGAGGAGGAGGAAGAGGGGGAAGAUGAUAGCAAAAGCAUUUCAACACCAUCUGCCAGACGUGAUUUAGCUGAAGAAAUUGAGAUGUAUAUGAAUAACAUGAGCAGUCCUUUGACAAGUCGUACACCAAGCAUUGAUUUACAACGGGCAUGUGAUGAUAAAUUAACCAAUAAGAAAAGUCCAACAUUGGUCAAGGCAUGCAGAAGAUCUAGCCUGCCUCCUAAUUCUCCUAGGCCAGUGAGACUUACCAAAUCUAAAAGUUACACAAAAAGUGAGGACAGGCCAAGGGAUAGACUCUGGUCUUCUCCAGCCUUCUCACCCACUUGCCCAUUUAGGGAAGAAUCUCAAGAUGCGUUACCCCACUCGUCACCUUCAUUUAAUUUGGAUACACUACUAGUACCUAAACUGGAUGUUUUAAGGAACAGCAUGUUCACUGCUGGAAAAGGAGUAGCCGAGAAAGCAAGCAAAUGGUAUUCAAGGUUCACCAUGUAUACUACAUCAUCUAAGGAUCAAAGUUCUGAUCGUGCCAGUCUUUCUUCAGUGGGAGCCCAGGAUUCUGAAUCUGCCUCUUUAACAGAUGAAGAUGUCUGCCACGAGCUGGAAGGAGCCGCUUCCUCCCAAGAGAGCAGUGCCACUUCAGGGACCAAGGGAAUUGAUUUCAGCAGAACAAGCCUGGGAAGUUCUGCCUCCUUAGAAGGAUCCCUGUCAAAGUUCGCCUUACCUGGGAAAUCAGAAGUGGCAUCUUCCUACAACACGAGUAAUACAAAUAUCUUCCAGAACUAUGCAAUGGAGGUUCUCAUCUCAAGUUGCUCUCGGUGUAGAACUUGUGACUGCCUUGUCCAUGAUGAGGAAAUCAUGGCUGGCUGGACAGCAGAUGACUCAAAUCUCAAUACCACGUGCCCGUUUUGUGGCAAUCUUUUCUUGCCCUUUUUGAAUAUUGAAAUAAGAGAUUUAAGACGACCCGGAAAAUACUUUUUGAAGUCAAGCCCAUCUGCAGAAAAUAUGCAUUUUCCGUCUUCCUUUUCAAGUCAGACAAGACAGUCUUGUAUCUCAACAUCAGCCUCUGGUCUUGACAAGUCUGUUAUCUCCGUUCCAGGGAAUUUUGAUCUACGUAGCAAAUCUAAACUGCUGGAAAAUUCAUGUGCCCGAAGUAUUCAGAUCCCUGCUGAUAGAUCAAAAACAGCUGUGUCAAAAUGUCCAAUAUUUCCAAUGGCCAGGAGCGUUAGUACUUAUGGCCCCUUGGAUAAAGAAGACACUGGAGGGCAGAAGCUUAUUCCUACAGGCAGCCUGCCAGCAACUUUACAAGGAGCUACAGAUGCUUUAGGAUUGGAAUGGCACCUCCCAAGUCCAGAUCCCGUCACUGUUCCGUAUCUCAGUCCUUUGGUGGUGUGGAAGGAACUUGAAAGCUUAUUGGAAAAUGAAGGCGAUCAUGCAAUAACAGUGGCAGAUUUUGUGGACCAUCAUCCAAUUGUUUUUUGGAACCUAGUGUGGUAUUUUAGACGUCUUGACUUGCCCAGUAACUUACCUGGAUUGAUUCUUUCUUCUGAGCAUUGUAACAAAUAUUCAAAGAUUCCCCGCCACUGUAUGUCUGAAGAUAGUAAAUAUGUUUUAAUACAAAUGUUAUGGGACAAUAUGAAAUUACAUCAGGAUCCGGGUCAGCCCUUGUACAUCCUCUGGAAUGCCCACACCCAAAAGUAUCCAAUGGUCCAUUUAUUGCAAAAGGGUGAUAAUUCAUUUAACCAAGAACUAUUGAAAAAUAUGGUAAAAAGCAUUAAAAUGAAUGAUGUCUAUGGACCAAUGAGUCAGAUUUUAGAGACACUGAAUAAAUGUCCUCAUUUUAAAAGACAGAGGAGUUUAUAUAGAGAAAUACUCUUUCUCUCACUUGUGGCACUGGGAAGAGAAAACAUUGACAUAGAUGCAUUUGAUAAAGAAUACAAGAUGGCAUACGAUCGUCUCACCCCUAGUCAAGUCAAGAGUACACACAACUGUGAUAGACCACCAAGUACGGGGGUGAUGGAAUGUCGGAAAACCUUUGGAGAACCUUAUCUUUAAGAUGUGUGUGUGUAUACUUUGAAUAUGUAUUGUAUAGUCAGUGUAUAAAAUAACACUUGUAGAUUCUAAACUUUUUUCUUCGAUUUUUGAAAGUGCAUUUGUAAAUGGUUCAGAAAGCCCAGCUAGCUUAUGUACAGAAGGUUUUAAGAAGAGAAUAGUGACAACAGGGGAGAGAACCCCUUUGUUUCCCAUUUGUUUUCUUUUUCUUUUCUUCUCCUGUAACAAGUAAUUAAAUAUUUUUGAAAUGAGGAAAUCCCUAAACAGAAUAAGCUCUCAUAAAAUAAGACAACUGUUUUAUGGUUUCUCUUGGAAGAGACAGAUUGAAAAAUCAUGUAUGGAACGUAAACAAAUAUGAGAUCAAAGCAUCUCCUGUUUUCAUAGACUGUUCAAAUGUUUUGACCAUGAAGUUGUAUUAUACAUAUUUUAAAUUGUUUAUAGUAAGUUGAUAUUUUUUUAAUUUUUAAACUUAAUAUAGCAAACGUAAAAUGAACUUAAACUUAUGAAGCAAGCAGUUAAGUGCUUAUUUUCCUUGUCUGCUGCUCUUUGAAGUAAUAGUACAGCUGCAGAUCUCUAUGUGUAUAGCUCUCUCUAUUUUUUUUAUUACUUGGGAGAAUGAUUCACAUGUCAGUGCCAGUGUCAGUGUUGUCCUAGGACUGCAUGUCCGCGCUCCCGAGCCUGACGGCAGCGAGUCCUGGCAGAGUGCACCGCUCACACUGCCUCGCUGAGCCUUGUGGAGGGAGAACCAGAGAGGGUCCAGGUCUGCUUCUGCAAAAUCAGGCUCAACAUGCCAUGAUCCCAAAUGUUCUCUGUUGGUCAUAAAUACGUACGGUACACAGGGCAAAGAGCUUACAAAGCCAAAUAGCAAUUUAAAUUUUAAUAUUCUACAUGCACACUUGUAUUGGGAAGUAUGUCAAACAAUUUGUUCCAAAUUUUACCCUUAUUUUAAUAUCUAAAAUAUUGGGUAUGAUGCAAAUUGUACUAUAUUUAUCUGGAAUAUGACCUACUGGGGAGUAUUCUGUUAAUAUUAUAUAUAUAAAUAUUCAAAAUAUUUUUUCAAAAGUAGAAAAAUAUUAACUCUCUAAAAAUACAGCCAGGUAGAAUUUCCCAUAUUGAGGAGCUUGCUUUUUCAAUAAGCCUUCAGAAUCUGAAGUUUAUGGAAUCUAAAAUCCAGAAAUAUCCAGAAGUCAGACAAUAAAUUGAAUGUUUAAGCACCACGGAUAUUAAAUAGACUCUAAAAAAUAUUUUUUGUCCCGUUAUUUCUAAUAUCACUUUCUUUGGGUAAUUUCUGAUAAAAAGUAUCGUUUGGCUGUUAGAAUUAUUUGUAGCUUUUCAGUAUGUAUGUGUGUAUGUUUGCACACGUUGUUUGUGAAGGAAUUCUCUAGCCACUUUCAAAGAAGAAAACAAUAGAUUGUCGCAAAUUAAGUGCACAGAGCCAGUGGGGUCCAGGACACUUGGACUGGCGCUCGCUUGAAGUCCUGAGACACAAUCAGUUCCGCUGCAGAAAGACCACCUUUUGAAUUCACACCAUUAGUGACUAGCACUAAGCUGAAACAUUUCACAGCUUUCUACUCUGGGAAAUAAUGGGGAAAGUUUAAAAAUGUAAAAUUUUAGUUUAGUUUGGGGCUGAACUUUCUUACUGGAAAACUCUGGUGCUAUGCACAUAUGUCUGCCUCUCCUUUGUAAAUACCACUCCGACUUCAUCCUUCUUUACUAUUCACAUCCAAGCUUCAUGCUCUAAUUGUCUUCACAUUCUGUGAAUCAUUCAAAAGUUGUCAAAUGAGAGAAGCAUUUGAUAAGUGAGGCUUUUGGCAUUGGUGACAACCAUCCCUCCAAACAGGAUUCUGGGCUUCUAUUCUGGUUUUUUGUUAUUGUUUGGUUUUUUCCCUGAUAAGAACAGCUUUCACUAUUGUUUACCUUUUUUUUUAACACAAACAAUAUGCAAGAAUAACAGUUUAUUGAUUUCAAAUAUCUGGCCAAAGUGAGGUAAAGCCCAUUCUUUAUGGUUCAAACUCAUUUGAAAAAGUGAAUGUUAUGUUCAUCUUCUCCCCCAACACCAAGUUUUGUUUCUGCUUUUGGUUGGGUUUUGCUUCCCGUACUUUUAAUCCCCAGGGAAUAUUAUUUGCACAAAUUUAGUCUUUAGAAAUAAAACCCAAAACAUGAAAGUGGUAAACCCUGCUCAAAAGAAAAUUAAAAUAUAGAUCAUCUUUUAACUCUAUACAAACUUUUCUUCAGUUUUCUCUCUGUUGACCGUACGUUUUGGAGAGUCAUGGCCAAUUGUGUUGGAGAGACAUAGCCUUUUACUAUUUAUCUGUCUCUUAUUUUCUUACUCUUAGUUUUGUUCAUACAUUUAAUAGUUGAAAAUAAACCAUGCUGUGUCCUCGUA